AUGCCACAUUUAUGCCGAUACGAUAUAGCGCUGGAGGCGGCGACGGGUAAGCGAGGACUGGUCGUGUCUCGUUCUACCUUCCCGACGAGCGGCACAUCGUCAGGACACUGGCUCGGCGACAACUACUCCAGCUGGGCUCAGCUUCGCGUCUCCAUCAUCGGUCUGCUAGAGUUUAACAUGUUCGGCAUUCCCUAUAUCGGUGCCGAUAUCUGCGGCUUCUUCCUGGACUCCACGGCCGACCUGUGUCAACGGUGGAUGCAGCUAGGAGCUUUCUACACCUACUCACGCAAUCACAACUCACUAGACCAAAUCGUACGUGUCCGAACUCAUCCGUUUGGCGUCAUCGCUGCCAUUGGCAACGCAGACGAUGCUAGCGGACAGCUAUUCUGGGACGACGGAGAAUCCAUAGGAACGAUUGAAGCGGGAAAGCUCUAUCUUGCUCAGUUCAAUGUAAAACAGGAGGUAGCAUCAGGGACCUUGAUGAUGACCUUGGUCACGAACGACAUCACGGAUGAGAUGACGAACCGCACGAUGAGUGACAUCCGGGUGCUCGGCGUGCCGUACGAGCCGACGACAGUCGACGUCGCGGGAGAAAGUCACGAUCAAUUCACGUACAACAAGCUGUCUCAGGGUGAGACGUCGGUCGACGUUUACUUCCCAGACGACCGCUGGUAUGAUUACUACACCGGCCAGCAGGUGGCGCGCGUGGGCGUGGUGCGGGUGUCGGCGCCCAGGGACCACAUUCCUCUGUUCGUGAGAGGCGGUAACGUGCUGCCGACCCAGCGGCCCGACAAAUCCACCGUGUUCAGGAAACACCGUGACUUUGUGUUCAUGAUUGACCUUGGCUACCAGGUGGCGCCAGCAUACGAUCAUGAUUAUUACAUCUACUGA